UUUUGCGCGUCAGAGCGGCUGAAUGAAGCGGGUGAAGCAACAGCUGCAGUGACUGCAGCAGAAAUACGUUCAGUGAGAUCCUCAUUAGCGCACACUGGAGACCGGUUGCAGCCGCAGGUAAGGGUUUUUCUUUUUUUCUUUUUUUUUUAAAAAAAGAAAGGGUUAGGGUUAGGGUUUCUGCUUUCUCCUACCUCUCUUCUUCUUUGGAAUAUAUUCGUAUUAUAAGAUGAAAGUUGGAAGAAGUAGUAAGUAAAUGGAACCGUAGGGACAUUUUAUAUUAUGCGGAUUAUUAGAAGUUCAGACAAUAAAUCCACUGCCAUAAUACUCUUACAUUCUACAUUUAUUUUUUAGUCAUACUUUUAUUGAUUUAUCAAUUUACCAUGAGAGACACUGCCUGUAUGGUCGAUUUGAAUGCGUGUACAAUACCAGAUAAACACUGAAAUUGAUGGUUUAUAUGGUCAUUUAUUGUACGCUAAUUACAACUGCAUUUAGCCGGAAUUCCAACACAAGUGUUAUCAUGACGUGUUGCAGUCCGACUCGAGAUUUAUCAAUAUAUCUAACACAUGUUUUUCGUUUCCCAGUUGUCUCAGUUUAAGUACCAGUUGGAGGUGCAGAUGGAGAAGAAAGGCGCAGUCUAGGGGCAGCUGGAAUUCUGGUUCUGUCUUUUAUUGGAGCUGUCCUGUCAGUAAAGUCUCCCAGUCCAUUAUGUUUCACCAGCUGACAGAUCAAACGGUGAACGGCAGCUGUCAGGGACCCACGUCCGAGUGCAAUAAGAGCGACGAUGGAGACGCGCUCCAGCUGCCCACUUUCUCCACCGCAGCCAAAGUCAGAGUCAUCAUUACCUUCACUCUGUGCGCGGUGUCCGCUGUGUGCAACUUGGUUGUGCUGUGGGCGGCCAGCAACGGUGGCAAGCGCAAGUCGCACGUCAGGAUCCUCAUAAUGAACCUGACCGUGGCGGACCUGCUGGUGACUUUCAUCGUGAUGCCGGUGGACGCAGUGUGGAACAUCACGGUGCAGUGGCAGGCUGGGGACGUCGCCUGCAGGCUGCUGAUGUUCAUGAAACUGGUGGCAAUGUACUCGUGCGCAUUUGUCACUGUGGUCAUUAGUUUGGAUCGACAGUCCGCCAUCCUCAAUCCGCUGGGCAUCAGCGAGGCCAAAAGGAAAAGUAAAAUCAUGUUGACGGUGGCCUGGACGAUGAGUGUGGUCCUCUCGCUCCCCCAGAUUGUUAUAUUUCACAAUGUGACCAUCACAGUCCCAGAGAAUUUCACCCAGUGCACCACACAUGGAAGUUUCGUGCGGCGCUGGCAGGAGACACUCUACAACAUGUUCACUUUUGUGUGCCUCUUCCUCCUGCCUUUGGUCAUCAUGAUCUUUUGCUACACUCGAAUCCUCAUUGAGAUUUCCAGCCGCAUGGCUCGGGGGACCUUGCUGUCUAGAGACGUUCAUCUCCGCCGCUCGCACAACAAUAUCCCUAAAGCUCGUAUGAGGACUCUUAAGAUGAGCAUCGUCAUCGUCACUUCGUUCAUCAUCUGCUGGACACCCUAUUACCUACUCGGCCUUUGGUAUUGGCUGUUUCCUGAAAAAAUGGAGGAGACAGUGUCUCAUUCACUGACUCACAUGCUGUUUAUCUUUGGCCUCUUCAACGCCUGCCUAGAUCCCAUCACCUAUGGUCUGUUUACCAUUCAUCUUAACAAGGGUCUGAAGAGAUGCCGUCGGAGUUCAAACACACGAACCGAAUUGGAAAACAACACUUGCCUCAUACAACUGAGUUGUAUGUCCUCUCAAAGGCAGAUUGCCUCCAGGGCGCACAGUCCACACACAGAGGAGAUAAACGACAACAACAGCAAGAAAAAUGUCUCAAGUCCGAUUAUCCCAGUAAGCAAGAUGUAAUGGCUUUAAGAAGAUUUAAGAAUAUAACUAUAUAUACAUAGAGAGAGAGAGAUAAUAGCCAGUUAAAUAAAUUUGCUUUGAAAUUCUGAGGCUCCAGAAAAACAGGUUCUUUAAUAAAAUCGAUCAGUGUUCAUUUCUGUUCCACUGCUGUAAUAAGCUGCUGCGUUCACAUGGACAUAUUGCUAUGACAUUCAGAGUAAUAGCACAAUUAGAGUCGAAAUGCCUCAUGCAAUCACCUCAGUCAUGACAGACUGGAACCAGUCUGGCCUUGGGAAUAGAAAAUAGUGGUCCCUAAUAACCAACUAAACACUGGAUCCCAUUGGGUCUUGGUAUGGUUGGAAAUUACAGUUUUAUUCACCAGGUAAAGAAAAGAAAAAAAAAAAAACAAGUUGCUGAAACUACUAUUUUCAAAAGAUGGAUGAAGCCGGUAUUGAUGUGGUGUUGAAAACAUGGCUCCACCUGUUUUUAUUGAAUGAACUCAGCUUUGUCAAUAAAUCAUCUUCUGUUAUAGUUCUUGACCUUCCACAGUGGGCAGAAACACUUUGCAGUAUCGAAUAUCACGCUCUGAUUGAUGUUGUGGGUAUGUGAACACAUGUUGUGUAUAUCUUGUUGGAUUAUCUUAAUUUAGGUCAAUGUAAGUACUGACCUGAAUGAUUUUGAUCAGGCUGACAAAAUAUUUGGCCACAGUAAAUGUAACCAGUGUUGUAUUAUAGCUAAGCCGUGGUCUCCUGUAUGUCAUAUCAGUGGCCUAACAGCAUAAUUGCCCAGGUCAUUUUCGACUUCCUGUUCCCAUAUCAAUAAAAACUCCUUUAAAUAUGACUUAGGCAUUGUUUGCUGAACAGAACGCUGCUGAUCUGCCAUGUGGGAAAUUUUUAAUUCGGAGUGAGCUUGUUGUAAAUAAACUUGUGGUCAUACAUGCAUCCAUAUGUCACAGCACAGCGGGUUUAAAAAAAAGACUGCCUAUCAACUGAUUUGAUUGACUCUCAUGCACAACACACAAAAUGUGUAGCAAAUCUGUUUAUUCUUUGAAUUACUUCUUUUGUCAAAAAAGAAAGAAUUUGUGUGUACGUGGUUAAAAGUUGGAAAUAAAUGGCCCAGGAUCAAAACUAAUUGCCACACUGACAAAAAAUUUUGCCUGACGGGUAACUUUUGUGUAGUAUGAUGUCUGUUUUGUUGUUGUUUGUUUUUAAAAAUGUAUUACAUGUCUGAAUUUGUUAAUGGACAGGGUGCUCUGCUAACCAUCAUCUCAUGAUUGAAAAUCACGGUGCUUUGUGUGCAAUAUACAUCAGUGAGAUUCUGUCUUGUUACAUUGUGAUCAUUUCUGACCACGACAGCCUUUUAAAUAAAUGUGAUGUCCUGCAGUACUGUGUUGAAUGUAUAUGUGCAGCAAACUGUUGAUAUAUAUUCGUAUUAUUAGCCUAUUCUGUUGUGAAUUGUGUUGCUUUCCGUGGCCAAGAACAGUGUGAGAAAACUGCUUAAUUUGAAACUUUAAUGUUACAUUAUUAUCAGUAAAACAUUUGAGAAAAUUUGUGAUGUGUUUUUUGCAACAUCCCCCCCACCCACUCAAAAAAAAAGAUUGAUCAACAGCAUUUCUGUGCAUGAUAAUGCUUCUUUUCUGCAAAUUAUGCAAGAUAUUGUCACGUAUACUUACAAUGUGUUUAUUUGUUGAAUAAAUAGUGUUUCAUUCUUUUGUUGGUGCAC